CGUCCGUGGUGGUUCGGGGGUUAUUUAUUGUAUUUUAUUUCUCAGAUACUUCGUAUCUCGUAGCUACUUUGUUUCAGUUAGCGCAGCGAAGCGCUUUGUUUCUGCCGCGUCGAGGCCGAAUAAUUUCGUAACAACACUCUUCACUGAUAAACAAACAUUAUAGCCAACAAAAAUGAGAGGAGUUGUUAAUAGUUUUUUGGAAAUGUUACUAUGGUUAAAAUUUUAUUAAAAUUAUAAAAUACUACUUAACAAAGAAAGAUAUGCGGAAGCAAAGUGCAAUAUAGUCGAGACAGCGAGAGAAAAGACAACCGCCUGAGGAGAGAGUGUGAGCAGGCAACAACAAUUGUUGAUUAAAAUGUGUGUCAAAAUAGAACAACAUAUCGCUGAAGAAACCCGUGGAUUUAAUUGAUAAUACGAAAUCAUGUAAAGAUGCACGUGUGAUUUCGUGCAUUUCAUGGGUGCAUCCAAUUAAUUUUGGUUGUUUCUAUACUAAAAUGCUCACCUAAGCAAAUGCAAAACAACAGACUGCGCCAACAGUACCGCCAACUGCAUGUGAAAAUUAAAUAAGACACACACUUAUCACCACCACCUUGACGUCAGGCUACGACAAUAAUACCUAGUGUAAAUAAAAGAAAAAACAGGGAAAAUCGCAGUCCCGCAAAAUGCACGGCGUGAAGCGGGUGCUUAUCUUUUGUCUGAUGAUUGUGAUUUUGCCGGCCAUCCUGAUUAUAAUGCCACUCCAUUUGCGCAAGACCGUCUUCGCGGAUGUCAUCUAUCCCAUGGCCGAGUCGGACAUCAUAGAGAUCCGAGCCGGCAUCUCCUCCAUUUUCUGUUCGAAGCACACAUUGCGGAUGAAUUCCAAUUUCAAUGCCUUUCAGUUACGCAACAAGCCGGAAAUCUCCACGAACCGGAAGCACAUUCGGUUAAAGAAAUCGAUGACCCUGCCGGACGACACCCUGGAGUAUUGGGGCUUCUUCCUGCUGGCGGGAGCCAAGGUACGAGUGAAGUUCUGCUCCCGCUUCUAUGGCUCUCGCAUCCUCAUCGUCAAAGGCCAAAGGGAGUUGAAUCUGUGCGGCCUCACCGAUCACAAUAAGAACAAACAGGAUGCCAAAUACGUCGAAGGACACGAGGAACAAGUGAAGGUGUUUUUCGAGGACAAUGUGGAGAUCACCGAGGAAAAGAACAAUCAGGACACUAUGAUGGAGCAUGAGAAUCACGGUGGCGAGGACUUGAGUGAUAGCCCCCAUUUGAAUUUACAUUUCAAGCAAACCGUUAGCCAACCGGAGCCAGAACCAGAGCCCAAGGGUUUUAGGAAAAAACUACAAAAAGGCAGUCUGCCCAGCAAUCAGGAUCAUAACUUAGGAUUCCACCACGCAGACCACAUUCUUAAUGCUGCAAUACACCAUAAUCAAAAUGACACGACACACCAUCAUGGAUCCAAGGCUCCAAACCCAAGCGAUGCACCUCACAAACAGCGACUAAAAAGACACAAUAAUGGCAUUAAAAAAUAUCAAAAAAGGCAGGAGCUCUACGAGCAACUUUAUAAAAGAUCAAAGCGAGAGAAUGUUUACGACAGGAAGUACAUACACGGAGGCAAUGCCAUCAACUUCACCCAAACUGACGAGUCCAAUUCGGUGUCCAGUUUCGAGACAGGACUGCUCCAGUGCUUCAAAGGUGAUAUCCUGUUGCAGGAGUUUUUUAAGCCAAACAACGAGUGCUCAAAUCCUCACAUAAUGGACUUCUCGGCGAACACAAGUGCUGUUGCCGUGCACAGUGUGAUCGAAGAUGGUUACUACUACUACAUCUUCUAUAGCGAUAAUGAUUAUGUCCGGAACGAGCUCCACGCUGUAUUCGAUAUAUAUAAGCCAACCUAUCAAUACUCCAAUCUUACCGAGUCGCAGAGCUGCCUCAACACCACAAACUGCACCUUCAACAUCAGUUUUCUGUCCGACGAGAUCGUAGUGGUGGAGGUUCCAACGCGGGAUGGAAUCGAGCACGAGGAGGAUGACAUCACCAACCUGAUAUCCACCUGCCAUCCGCGAAGUGAGAUCUAUGCCCUGUUCCCCAUAACUGUGCUGGUCCUGAUCCUGUGCUGCUCCUUCCUGUAAACCCUCUCAAAUCACCCGCUUUCGUUUCCGGUGGAAGUAUUGCCGAAGCGGCGGAGUCUUGUGAUAUUUAUAGUGAGGCAUCUGGGUGAUAUACUUAUUGUGGCAAAGUGAUGGUCAGCCCCAAAACGAGAGCUUAUCAAGUAGCCAUAAUAUCCAAUAUCGAUUAUACAAACGUAAUGAACAGUCUGAACUAUAUUUUUAUUUAACCAACCACUGAAUAUUAUUUUAAACAAUCGCAGUGGUACUUGUAAAGAUUUUAAGCGAACAUUUCGCCUAAAAAGCAAAGCAUUUGAAAAAUUACUAGCUCUUAAUUUUAGUGGAAUAAGAAUCAUAUAAAUUGUAAUUAUGUAUAAGCCAAAUCUUAACUAAGUAGUCAUAAGCACUUAUUUUUCAAACUCAUGAACCAACUCAUUUUAAUCCAAGAACAAUAUUACUAUAUUUUACCUUCUGCCCUUCAAUUCCAAUUCUUUUCUGAAAAAUUACAUUCAUAAGACGCACACAGGCUAUUUAUUCCCCCGCUCCUCUUACUUAUUCUAUUAUUCUUUGCCAUCGGGCAAUGGAAAAGAGUAGCAUUUUGUCUGACUUUCUGGCUCCAAUUUUGAAUUAGAAACAAAUUUUGUUGAUUUUUGUUAUUUUAUAUUAAUUCACACCAUAAUCAGCCUAGUCAAUGCUUAUUUGUUUUGUGUGCGGCCUGCUAUUUUAUUUUCUGAUUUAGCCAGCGGGAUAAUGCAAAUAUUUACCCACAAUAUCUGCCUGAACGUGGCUUAUUAAAUAAAUGGAAAAUAUCAUUCUCAUCAAGAACACGCAAAAUUUCUUUUUACUCAUUAUGCAAACAAAUAUGGAUACUGUAAGUGUAAAUCAAGUGCCUUAGAUUAUUUGAUUAACGUAGAAUAACAUAAUUUGUACAAAAAAAUAAAUAUAUCAAAAUCCUAAA